UGCAUUCUGUGGAAACCUUUUCCAGUACCUCUGACCAUGACUAAUGUCUGUGGAAUGUGAUAAGGGAACAAAAAAACCCUAUUUAAGGCAAUGUAAUUCUGUUGUUAAGAGAAGGUGGCUGAGCACAGUCAAGUGUCUGUGUUGGUCACUUGACUGGAAUUCUCCCUCCCUUCCAUCGGCCGAUGUUACGUAAAGUUUUGAACUGGUCUACCAAACAGUUUGUGUGGUGUCUGUUUAUUAAGAAGCGAACCUGGUUUAGUAGUUAAGAUAAGUAACUUUUUCAGACUCAAUGGGCAGAAUGGCCUUCAUCCACAUGAAAAUCAUACUCUGAUUCUCAGUGCAGUAGUUAACAUCUCUGUACAUAAACACUGGCGCAGCGGUAGAGUUGCUGCCUCACUGCGCCAGAGACCUGGGUUAUAUCCUUACCACGGGUGCUGUCUGUACGGAGUUUGUACGUUCUCCCCUGUAACAUGCGUGGGUUUUCUCCGAGAUCUUCGGUUUCCUCCCACACUCCAAAGAUGUACAGGUUUGUAGGUGAAUUGUCUUGGUAUAAAUGUAAAUUGUCCCUAACAUGUGUAGGAUAGCGUUAGUUUUUGGAGAUUGUGGCCGGCAUGGACUCGGUGGGCUGAAGGGCCUGUUUCCACACUGUAUCUCUAAACUAAAUCUUUUUGGUCACAUGUUCAAAAAGCCGUACGUCGAGUGGAUUCAUCUUGAUAAUUUAUUCCUCGUUCUAUUUCAGAUCACUGGAUUUUGUUGACUGUCCAUUUCCGGUUUACUGAUGAGUGAGUUCUUGCAACUGGCCACUCUGGGCCGGCCUUUCCAGUUGGGAAUGCUGUACGACUGCCGAUCAGAUGCUCUGAUCCCAGGCAUCACCCUGUGGGACUUGCAGACACUGCAGAGCAACCUUGACUGUCGUGACCAGCCCAGCACUGAGUUUCACAUCAUUGCAUCAGACUCCAUGGAUAAGAAAGCCACUGCCCUCAAUGUGUCAGCAUCACUGAAGGCGAGUUUCCUGGCUGGGUUAGUGGAGGUGAAAGGGUCGGCAAAAUAUCUCAGUGACACGAAGGAAUCAGAGCAACAAGCACGAGUUACCCUUCACUACAAAGCAACAGCCGGGUUUUAUCAACUGACGAUGAAUCACUUAGGGAGACAGAAUAUUACCUACCCGAGUGUGUUUGAUGAGGGCUCAGCCACCCAUGUUGUUACAGCAGUGCUGUAUGGGGCCCAGGCCUUCUUUGUGUUUGACCAAAUGGCUUCAUCAUCAGAGAACAUACAGGAUAUUCAAGGUAACAUGGAGGUGAUGAUUAAACAUCUCCCUAUGAUUGCGAUCGAGGGAGAGGCCUCCCUAGAAAUGACAGAUGAACAGAGCUCUCAGGCCGAGAAGGUUAGCUGCACCUUUUAUGGGGACUUCUCGCUGAAGAACAAUCCCACCACCUUCAAAGAAGCCAUCAAUAUCUACGCAACACUUCCACACCUCCUGGGCUCAGGUGGAGAACAUUCAGUCCCCGUCACAGUCUGGCUCUAUCCUCUCAAUAAACUGGACACCAAAGCUGCCCAGCUGGUGAGGGAGAUCAGCGUGGGACUGGUCAAUCGCUGGCAGCGUGUCCUGGAACAGCUCAGUGAGGCCGUGAUGAGGUGCAAUGACCUGAUGAAAGACAGUGUCGCAGUUCAGUUUCCUGAGAUCCGGGACAGGAUAUUUCAAUUCCGAGAGAUGUGUCCGGAGUACAAACUGGUUUUCCAAGGGACCUUAGCCAGAGUUUUACCGUCCAUUCGGGGCGGUGGGAAGGAGGAAGUGUUGCUGGCGGACAUACUGAAGAACAGAGAGCAGUCACCAUUCAAACACCAGGCACUGACCACAUGGCUGGAUGACAAGGCACGGGAGAUGAAGGUUGUGCGAUUUUACCUCAGAAUAUUGAAAGAUAUACCAGUUGUGAAAUCAGAGAGUGAAUUAGAUGACAUGUUGAUGGAUUUAACAACAGAUUACGUGGUCUGCUUUACAUUUACAACAUUACAUCAUGAGGAUCUCUACCUGUCAGAGGCAAACAACUACCUCCAAUCUCCCACAGCUCAGAAAAUGGAGACACAACCUCCUGCUGAUGGAGCCUGUGCACAACGACAAAGUGACUCCUGGUUUAAUUUGCCAUCUGUAUCCCGGAAGAUGAGGGAGCUUUCAGGAUCAUUCCUGGACUUUGCCACCGCCAAUAUAGCAGAUGGGAAAAUAAAAUUUGCUGUUGUAUCUGUGCGGGAUGACAGCAACAUAGGAGCGUCAAUUUACCUGUAUGAUGGAGGAUGUCUGGAGAACCGGUGCUUUGUUCCUCCGUUACAGCCCGAGAUACCUACGUCUAUUAGAACAACACAUGACAGUGUGACGCUGCAGUUACAGCCACCAACAUUUGGUGCUGGUGAAAUUGUGGGCUACAAGGUAGAGUACCGAGGUAGCCAGCAGGAGGAAUGGACAAUUCUGGAUACACCUGAUCAAUGCCACUCCUUCACAAUACCUGGGUUACAGCCACACCAGGAGUAUCACUUCCGAUACAGAGCAGUGACCAAGGUCGGGGUCAGCAAGGCCAGUGAGAGCUACAGGGGCAUCACCCGGCCAGCAAGUCCACCUGGUAAACCAGUCUUCCAGGAUUGUUCAUCCAGCCCAACACUGCACUGGGACAGACCAGGUCAGAUUGGAGCUGAUGUUAAUAUAUUUCGGUACAGAAUUGAAUAUAGAGAAGAACCGUCAGAUAAUUUCAACAUGAAAAAUGGAUUAUGGGAGGAAGUUAAGACAACAGACACACAAUGUCACUAUCGUUUAGAGGGACUAAAACCCACGACCGUCUACCGAGUCCGAGUGUCUGCUGACUGCGGUGAAACAGGGUCUAGUGAAGCAAGUGAGGAGGUUUCAAUAAAAAUCGGAAACACACCAAUCACAAUAACCCGGAAACAUUGCAGAGAUACUCAAUUAAUAUUCAAAGGAAACCCUUCCAUUUACAAGCUCAAACUACAGGAGGAGAUAGCAGAUAAAGUCAAACAGCUUGUGAAAUGCUCCUUCGGAAAACCCACCUCAAAAUACACAAUGAAGACAAUUAUGGUCCUGGGAGCAACUGGGUCAGGAAAGACAACCCUCAUCAAUGGGAUGAUCAACUACAUCUUGGGCGUGGAAUGGGGAGACAACUUCAGAUACAAGUUAAUAGCGGAAGAGACAGGAAAAUCCCAGGCUGAGAGUCAGACAUCCUCCAUCACUGCCUACCUGCUCCACCAUCAGGUAGGAUUUAACAUCGAUUACUCUCUGACGAUCAUCGACACGCCAGGAUUCGGGGACACCAGGGGCAUCAGCCGGGAUCAACAGAUCACUGAGCAAAUCCGUGAGUUCUUCACUUCCCCACAGGGUGUUGAUCAGAUUGACGCCGUGUGUUUUGUUGCUCAAGCCUCCCUGGCUCGCCUCACUCACACACAGAAAUACGUCUUUAAUUCGAUUCUUGCUAUUUUUGGCAAAGAUAUUGCAGAAAACAUUCAGAUCCUGGUGACGUUCGCAGACGGACAGCCUCCCCCCGUCCUGGAAGCCCUGAAAUUAGCUGAGGUACCAUGUCCCAAAGACACAACGGGUCUGCCAGUACACUUCAAGUUUAACAAUUCAGCCAUUUUUGCCCAGCGUCCAACCUCUGUAAACUAUGGCAACGAGUGCAGAUCCCAUGACAGUGGAGUAGGGGGAGAGAACGAUGAUAACUUUGAUGCAAUGUUUUGGAAGAUGGGAGCAAACAGUAUGAAGAAAUUCUUCACAGCUCUGAACACAAUGGAAACCAAAAGUUUGAGUUUAACCAGAGAGGUUCUGAAGGAACGUAAGCAGCUGGAAGUUGCAGUGGAGGGAUUGCAGAAGCAGAUCCGAGCUGGUAUCACCAAACUGGAAGAACUCAGGAAAACAGAACAAGCUCUGAACCAACACCAGACCGAGCUGGAUGCAAAUAAAAACUUUGAAUAUGUGAUUGAAGUUACAGAUCCAGUACAGGUGGACAUUAGCGGGAGUGGUAAAUACAUCACCAACUGUCAGAAAUGUUUCUUUACCUGCCACUAUCCCUGCAUCUAUUCUAACGAUGAUGAUAAACGUAAAUGUAGUGCAAUGGACCAACAAGGGAACUGCAAUAUCUGUCCACAAAAGUGCAUCUGGAAUGUUCACUUCAACCAAAAGUACAAGUUUGAUUAUGUAACGAAAAAGGAGAAGAGAACAUACAGGGAGUUGAAAGAAAAGUACGAGAAGGCCUAUGGUGCGAGGAUGACCCAGCAGAAUGUUAUGGAAUCACUUGAGCGGGAGUUUGAUGACGUGGAGUACACAGUUCUGGCGCUGAUUGAUCAAUUAUCUGGCAGCAUUAGACGACUUGAAGAAAUAGCUCUGAGGCCAAACCCAUUAUCCACCCCAGCUUACAUUGACCUCAUGAUUCAGUCUGAGAAAGAAGAGGCGAAGCCCGGGUUCAAGGAGCGAAUUCAGACACUGAGAGAAGUAAAGGAACAGGCAGAGUUAAUACAAAAGGUAGAAAAUAAUGAGAAUCUGUUACCAGGGGAGUUGAAGGGAGGUCCAAUAGUUGGGAAAAAGACUCAAGGAAAAUGUUCUAAAAUAAUAAAUUGGUUCACAUCCAAUAAGUAGAUGAUAACCAUUCCAACUGUUCUCAAAUAGAGGGCGCAAAUGUCUCACUCAGCCCAGAAACAGUCCAUUCUUCUAAUUCCCUCUCCUUCUCCUGCCUCACCUUCCCACAGCCUUUCACACCACACCUUGCUUCCUCAAUACUGCCCCACCCUCACCCGCUAGCUGCCACACCCUUCACCCUGCUACUCGUCCAAGUACCACAUCAGUACCUCAUGAGAGCCUGAAGAAUCUAUCCACAACCCUUCAUAUAACCAUAUAACAAUUACAGCACGGAAACAGGCCAUCUCGACCCUUCUAGUCCGUGCCGAACACAUAAUCUCCCCUAGUCCCAUAUACCUGCACUCAGACCAUAACCCUCCAUUCCCUUCCCAUCCAUAUAACUAUCCAAUUUAUUUUUAAAUGAUAAAAACGAACCUGCCUCCACCACCUUCACUGGAAGCUCAUUCCACACAGCUACCACUCUCUGAGUAAAGAUGUUCCCCCUCAUGUUACCCCUAAACUUCAGUCCCUUAAUUCUCAUGUCAUGCCCCCUUGUUUGAAUCUUCCCUACUCUCAGUGGGAAAAGCUUUUCCACGUCAACUCUGUCUAUCCCUCUCAUCAUUUUAAAAACCUCUAUCAAGUCCCCCCUUAACCUUCUGCGCUCCAACGAAUAAAGCCCUAACUUGUUCAACCUUUCUCUGUAACUUAGUUGCUGAAACCCAGGCAACAUUCUAGUA